AUGCACGGCGACCUUCGCGGCUUCUACGGUGCGCCUGUGACGUAUGCUUUCUCGCUGGUUGUGGGCGUCGCCAGCUCGGCCAGUCUAUUGCUGGACCGAGGCCACUUGCUCUCGCUGGACAGGGACGCCGUCCUCACUCGUUCUCAGUAUUGGCGGCUCGUUUCCAGCCAAUUGACAUUCCACCAUGGACUCGCAGUGUCUAUCGGUCUCUACGUCGUGUUCCAGUUUCGCAUUUUGGAACGCCUCUUGGGCUCUCGGAAGUUCAGUAGUAUCGCAGUUUAUGUGCUGCUCACGUCGGGCGCAUUGGAGCUGGCGGCGCUGACGUUGGCCCCGUUGUGGCUGUCAAAGGCCAUUGCCGGAGGACCGUACUCGGUUCUUGGAGCUUUUGCGGUUUACUUUUACAAGUAUGUUCCAAAGCUGCAGCCUCGGAUGUUGAGCGUGUGGGGUCUGCACUUUUCGGACAAGUCAAGCACGUAUCUGCUUUUGCUCGUGUUGUUGGCGCGUGACUCCCGUGCGUUGAUUCCGUUUGUAAGCGGAUCGUUUCUCGGACUGUUGUUCAACAACACACCUCUCGGACGCCUGCGGCUGCCAUCCUUUGUGUGUUCGAUGUUUGGACUGCUGCACCCGCUGUUCGAGGUCGUUCCUGCAAGUACGUUGGCGCUUCAACGACAGCGAGCGGCGCUCGAAGCGCAGCGCAGACUGAAUGCACGCUAUAACAUGGACCGUCCAGCUGCACAGGCCGUUGAAGGGCGUGGUUUUCGUGAUCAGCUACUGCCAGGUGCAGGUGGAAUACUGCCUGAUGGUGGCUUUGCAGCGGCUGCUGGUAACGGCAUGUUACCUCCUCAUAUGGCCGCCGCACCUCCGUCUGAAGAUGCGGUCCAGCAGCUCAUGGUGCUUGGAUUUGAUAGAGAACGUGCACUACAAGCUCUGCGAACCGCAGACAACAAUGUGGAGGCGGCAGCAAAUCGGCUCUUGAAUGGGUUGUAG